AUGACUCCAUCCAUGGUAACAACAGCACUUAUGGAUCAUUUCCACGGUCGCCACGAGCUGCAAGUAUCCGCAUCGCGGCGCAUGAAAGGUCGAAAAUCACGAGGGUGGAGAGAAGAGGUGGCACAAGGGAAUGGUCACACGAACGGCGGGCUGCCGAACCUCAUCAUGCCGCUGCCGCCGUCUCGGAAUUUGAAUGCUUCCAGAACGCAGUCGCACCUGACGACAACCACAAUCCACGGAUCAUACAAAUUGUUUGUCCUUGGGACCAGUACGACGUGGGCGGAAUACAUAGACAUGCGAUCCAAAGACCAGCAUGCCUCCGGGGUGGAGAUCGACCUGGCCGUGCGGCUUCUAUGGCUGCAGACACAUCUGCCACCCUCUCUCAUCUUCACCUACUAG